CAGUCGCUGGCGACGCUCGAUUCGGCAUUCAGCUCGGACACACCAGCUCUCGGUUCGUUGUGGACGCUAAGUUAAUAUAUCGCAGUUAAUAGCAGAGGCAGCGACAGCGGCAGCGGCUGCGGCAGUGACGCAGGCAGCGACAGCGCUAGCCAACAAUAAAAGCGAAAGGAAGAGCAACAACAAAUGGUCGCUGCUCCUGUGUGUGAGAGGGCACUUUAUUUGUUGUUGCAUUUGCCAUUUACCAUUGUUGUUGUUGUUGUUGUUGUUGCCAUUUUACGCUAGUUACUGCUGCUGCUGUUGGUGCUGCUGCUGCUGCUGCUGCUGCGUUCGCCGCGCUUUACAUUCUCGCUCCAUUCGCUUCAUUCCGUUCCACUCGCCAUUUUGUCGGCAACGUGCCCUGUGGAAGGUGGACGCGAAUUUUUUGUGUGUGUGUGUUUUGUGCUUUUUGUUUUGGUUUCAUGUGUGUGCGUGUGCCUGUGUGUGUGUGAUUUUUUUCUACUGUUUUUGUUGUUGCCAUCAUUGCUUUAAGUAUUUUUAGUGUUCGCGUGCGAAAUUCGGUGUCAAAGUGAAACAUUCUACGUGAGAUGUAAGUUGGAAGAGGCCUUGAAAUGUCCUGAAACAGGCCAAACGAGAAACGACAACAAACAAACAUAAAAAAGGCAAAUAAGAGAAAAUCAAUGCGCGUGCCGAAUGUGUGUGUGUGUGUGUGUGUGUGUGUGUGUGUGUGUGUCAAAGAAAAUCCAUAAAGCGCGCUGUGAAACUCGUCGCAGUCGAGCUAUGCGAAUAAUUUAUAAGAUUGAAAUUAAAGACACCGAACAGCGCUCUCUCUCACUCUCGCUCACUCACUUUCUCUCACUCUCUCUCUCUCUCUCUCUAUGUGUGUGUGUGUGUGAAAGUAACCACAAGAGGCCAAAAGGAAGAUAGCGCAAACAAUUUCUUGGCAGCUGCCUCAACUGCAAACGAAAUGCCGAAAUGCUUGGCCUGGCCCCAAAGCCGCCUCGCCCGCAUCCGCAUUUCGUUCCACUUCUGUUCUGCGCCUCCCUCUAUCUCUCUCUCUCUCUCUCUCUCACUCUCUCUUGCUGCAAAAAUGUUGUAAACAUGCGAGGCCGCUGCCAGAGGCGCUGGCAGCAUCAUACGGAACAGCUGAUUCGCCUUUGGGCCGCAUUGCCAAGCGCUAUAAUAUGCACACACACAUUCUAACACACACACGUGCAUCUAGGCGAAAGCAAAAGCAUCAGAGCACUAGCAAUAACUUUUCUUAAGUGCCAAACAAACAGCAAGUGAAAAAUAUUAUUAAAAAAAAUAAAAUUAAAAAAAUCACAAAAUACGGCAAAAGCAAUUACAAAUCUCAAACCAAAAAUUACAACAAUUAAAAAUCAAUAUAAAUAACUUACAAAAUAUAUGAGAAGCUACAUAAAGCUGGCCCAAAUAUUGAGUUGACUCUACUCGCAAAGCAGCAACAGCAACAACAACAACAACCACAACAGCUGAAGGGCCAGCCCACGUAGGAGCUGUGCAGCGCCAGUGAAAGUGGAAGAGGAAGAGGAAGUGGAAGUGGAAGCGACAGUAGCAGUGGCAGUGGCAGUGGCUGAGCCAAGUUCAAAAUCAACGCCUGACAAUGACAAAGCGCUCCACUGGGCGGCCAGCAGCAGCAGCAGCUGCAGCAGCAGAAGCAGCGGCAGCGACGUGGCGCACGCCAACAGCAGCAGCAGCAGCAGGAGCAACAACUACAAUCAAUGAGAGCAGCACGAGCUGGCGACGACGCUGCACAACAGCAACAACAACAGGAGCAACAGCAACAGAAAUGCGCAUUAGGCACUCGACUGCGCUGCCGGCAAGCGGCAUAUCCUGGCUGCUGUUCGUAAUCUGUAUGCUGAGCUGCUUGUGCUGCUACACAGUUGCGCUGGAGGAGGACUGCGUGGACUUUCAGGGCAACAAGGUGAACCACGGCAUGCUGUACGUGCCCGGGCCAGGCGUUUGCAGCCUAUGCGUUUGCUAUCAUUCCGAGCCGCUGUGGUGCAAGGCCAUCUACUGUGAUCCGCCCUACUUCUGUAAAAACUUCAGAGUGGGCGAACGCUGUUGCGAAUUCGAAUGUCUGGAUCCGCCGGGCGAGGACAAGCUUUAUCAGGAACGUAUGCGUAAGCGUGCCGAAAUUCUGGCCGGUAAUAGUACCGCAUGUCAGCUACAGGUCGCCCCGUUGGCCGUGUCGACCAUAAUGCUCGGCUAUCUGGGCAACAGCUUUCUCAGCUUAUAACUUGAGCAGAAAUCGUCUGAGUAUAUAGCUAUAAGUCAGCCAGUCGAAAAGAUCUUAAGAUAUAUAGCCGGCAGGUACAAUUUUGUUAACUAUAAAACGAUCCUAACCAAAUCCUAAAAGCUAAAUAAACAAGAAACCCAAAAAUCAAUUAAUUAUUACAAUGUAAUAAAUGAAGAUAUAUGUAUAUAUAUAUAUAUAUAUAUAUCGAGAUAUAUAGAUAUAUAUAUAUAUAUAUAUGAAGAAUAUAAUCUGGAGUAAUACAGAACAAACCCGUAGGUUCUCAACUUAUAUGUAUGCCCCUAGUCUUAUGUAGGUACAAUAAUACAAAUAAUAACAGCAUAUAACACAGAUAUAUAUAUAUAUAUAUAGGAUAUAUAUAGUAUAUACACAGUAUAUGACUUGUAAAUACGCUGCCUGGCGCUCUAUACACCAGAAAUCGGAUCAAAAACUUGUUGAUUAGUGUUUAACUAAAUGAAUCAAAGAUGAUAUUUAGAUCUUAAAUGAAGAUAUAUAUAUACAUAAAUAUAUAUAUAAAUGUGCCCCUUUUUAAUAUUAAAUGAUAAAAAAAAACACUAAAUAAAUAAAUGAUCGCAAUGACUCCUCGUAAUACUCAUUAUAAAACGCGCCCCAGUUCAAACACCUAGUGAAACUUUCAACACUAUCUAGUCAUUUUUUUUCAAGCAUAGACUUUAAGAUACUUUCAAAUGCAAUUUAAGAACGUUAGUAAUUUACACAUAUCAUGAGAUACGCAUACACACUCACACCCACACACGUCUAGUAUAUAUAUAUAGUAUAUAUAUAUACCUAAAAUUCUUAAAUAUUUUGCAUUGGUGCUAAUUUUAUUGUAGGCUAAACAUGAUCCACACCAGCACACCUACAUGAACAUACACGCACACUCAUUCAACAUACAUGCCCAAGCAAUACAAUAUCCACAAAUAACCUAGUCAUGAUCCAUACCCAAUUCACAUACGAUCCGUUGACAUUACAUAUACAAUACAUAAAUAUAUGAUCCACGAAUAGUUUCCAUAUGAACCACUCACAACGUACAUUCGACUCGAAUGUGAUCCACAUUUUAUUCAUAAAGGCAUAUAUGCGAUCUACAUACUCAAAAUCCACAAACUCAAGAUCCACAAACUCAAAAUCCACAAAAUCAAGAUCCACAAACUCAAGAUCCGCAAACUCAAAAUCCAUUUGAUUAAGAUUCACAAAUAUAAUGUCCUCAACUUGAAGAUCCACAAGCUCAAGAUCCACAAACUCAAAAUACACACUCCUAGCCCACACACUCAAGAUCCAAACACGUAAAUUCUUCUCCCAUGCACACUCGCUAAAUUUUUUUGAUUCUAAAUCAACAGCCAUAUCACUGGCCUAACAAGCAUCCAAAAGAAAACUCUUAUGUAGUACACAUAGAAGUAUAUAUAUAAACUACAAUAAAAACCCAAAGUUAACCCAAAACUGUACUUUCAUUUACAGUAAUAAACCAUAAAAAUUAAUCAAAAGUAUUUGAGAGAUAAAAAGCAAAAAAAAAAAAACCUAAAAACCACUUGAAUUUCCGUUUCAUUUUUGUAUAGAUUUUAAGUACUUUUAAAACGCUCUGUAAAAAAAAAAUCCCUUUUGAAAUAAUAGAAGUUCAAUUAAUUUCUAGACCAGGACCAGAGACAGUCUUAUAAAACACUUAACAGAAAUCAAUAAAAAAUAGAAGAUAUAUUUAUCAUAUAUAUAUAUAUAUAUAUGUAUAUAUAUAUAUAGAUGAUAUACUAAGCAGUACGGCUGUGACAUUUUGAUUUUGGUUCUGCUUCACACAACUGUAAAUAAUAAACAAUUAUAUAUGUAUAUCGCGGAUAUAUAUAUAUGGUAUAUAAAUCAAACAAAUCAAAGCAAAUCUAUAGAAAUUUCAAUAUUUACUAGCUAGAGUUAUAUGUGGAAGGUUCAGCUGUAAGGGAAAGCCUUCUAUAUGAAUAGGAAACCUAAAAUAAAAUGCAUUUACGGACAUUUCGUAUAUCAAAGUAAGCCAGCAACAGAAGUCUAUAAGCUCCGAUUCGAUUAUAAUAUAAAACUCAGUAAGGGGUUUUUCAAUCUAAAGAAAAUUAUUGUAAUUCUAUUCUACAAAAUUUUUAAUUCAAGUGAUCUUCUAGCAUCUGGUCUGGACAUAUGCAUUAAAAUAUUAGAUUCUAAUCUCUAGUCUAUUGGGUAGGCAAGGAGAGAAAAGUAGGGAAGAGUGGAGAAUAGAGUAGAGAAGAGGAAAGUUAGAAGAAAAGAAGAGAAGGGAUAAAGAAAAAAUUAAAGUAAAAGGACGGCAGAAGAGAGAAAUGAGAAGAAUAAACUGAAGAAAUGAAGAUCAGAAAAGGAGAAGAGAAGACGAGAAGAGAGAAAAGAGACAACAAGUGAAGAAGGAUCAGGGAGAUAAAGAGAAUGAGAGAGAGACGAGCAUUUAAAAUAAGCGAAAAUAGAUGAAGAAAGAAGGGAGAAUAGAAAACAAAAAACUGACCAGACGAGAGGAGAACGAAGACAAGAAAAGAAGAUAAGAGAGGAAUGACAGAAGAGAUGAAGAGAAGAGAAAACUCAGAAGGAAAAUUAAAAAGUGAGAUCAAAUUUCACAAUCCCAAUUCCCGCAUUGCUAAAAUAUGGAUAAAUGGACAGACCGACAGCCAGAUGGAUAUAGCAUAAAACCAAUAUACUCUCAUUUCACACUGCGUGAAGGAGUAUUACAAAAACAUGCUAAAGUAUUCCGAGUGAAUGAUAAUUAAAGUCUACUUAAGACCCACAGAUGUAUAUCGAAAAUAUCUCUACUGCAGGCUUACGAGAAAGAAAUCAACAAAAAAACAAAAUCGAAAGCAGAAACAAUAAACAAUGAUCUAAACUGAAUGUA